AACUUUUCAGGAUUAUAUGAGCCGGUGAGAGGAAAAGUGGUGUAAGUCAAAAAAAUGUCAAUUCGAGAUUAUUAGUGCAAUACAAAGCUAAAGGGUCAUUCUGUUACAUGGAUAAGUGAACUAAGUCAUAAUCGUUUAUAUAUGGUAUCAAGGUGGCAGUGAAAAAUAUCUGUGUAACAUAUCAGCUGAUAGGUUUGUUGGCAAAGUGGUGUAAGUCUGACUUACUUCACUUUUCCUUGGUAACAUCAUACAGCUUACAAAACUGCUUUGAAUAUUGGUGUAAUAACAAGCGAUUUUAUAAUUUGAGACUACUUUUUCAUCAUGGAUAUUUCUGAUUUAGAACAAUCAACGAUUCUACAAGAUUCUGAUUCAGAUUAUAUUCCUUCUUCAAGUGGAGAUGAAGACUCAGACCCUGCCAGCCCAACAGCUUCAAUCAAUGGUGACAGUGAUAAUGAAAUCAGCACAAAGGAAAAGUCUCGAAAACGUACCAGAAACUGUAACAAGAAAGAAAACAGGAAAAUCAAACGCAGUUUGGGUGAGAGCUAUAUUACUGCCAAAGGUAAAGAGGUGUGUAAAAAAUUAUUUUCAAACGAUCCAUGCAGCUGCAGGUUAAAAUGCAUUGAAAAUGUCUCUGCAGAAGAAAGGGAGGGGUUAUUCAAGAACUUUUAUGGAAUGGGUAGCUUCAAAUCACAAAAUUCAUAUAUUUGUGGGUUGUGCCAGCAAUUCACCCCAAAUGCCCAUAGAAUUCGAGAUGGAAGUAGAGGUAGGAAAGGUAUAACUAUAAAAUAUUUUCUUCAGCCAACUACAAAAAAUGUGCAAGUUUGCAAACAAUUCUUUUUGAGAACCUUCCAGAUUUCAGAUGGUAGAGCAUUCAGAGCUCUGAAGAAAAUAAGAGAAGGCAAAGAGCCUGGCAGUGACUUGAGGGGUAAGCAAGCUCCAGUGAAUAAGACCGAUGAUGCUCGUCUAAAGAUUGUAAGAGAUCAUAUUGCUUCUUUCCCUGCAUAUCAAUCCCACUACACUAGGACUCACAAUCCAAAUAGAAAAUACCUCUCUGAGUUACUCAAUAUCAGACAAAUGUACUUGUUGUACAAAGAGCAUUGUUCUUCUAUGAACACUGAACCAUUAUCUGAAUCCAUGUACCGAAGAGUUUUCAACUAUGAAUUUAAUGUACAUUUCCAUCAACCUCACAAGGAUACAUGUGUCAAGUGUGACACAUUCAAAAUGAAAAUUGAUGUUUGUGAGGAUGAAGAAGAGAAAAAGAAUCUUGAAAGUAGCAAGGUUUUUCAUUUACGUAAAGCUGAACUUGCUCGGCAGAAAUUGAAUGAAGCCAGGGAAAUGUCAAAGAGUAAUCCAAACACUUAUUCAUUUACUUUUGAUCUGCAGAAGGCAUUGCAAUUUCCAAUGUUGACUUGUUCACUAGCAUACUAUAAAAGGAACAUGUAUGUGUACAACCUCGGUUGCCAUGACUUAUCUGAUGAUUGUGCUUACAUGUAUAGUUGGUCAGAAGUUAGCACUUAA